CUUAAAGCUGAGGUUUUAUUCACGAUUUUGGUGGGAUUCGAGAGUGCAUCAUACGAACAAGGACAAGAGCUGCUACCUGGUAGCUAGCUAGCUGCUAGCUAGCUAGUACUUCCCUCUUGUGGUUCGUAGCCGAAGAAGAGACAAUGGACAACGACGGCGAGUGGCUCUUGUUGGAGCGAGUGUUGGAAUGGAUGAUAAUUGUUUCGGUUGGGUCUAUCGUUGUUUCUGCUUGGCUCUUAAUUCCUCCCAUUCUGCGGCCCACUGUCAUUGCCUACCCAUGGAGAAUGCCAGAAUCGCACUCGUAUCGUGAGCGAGACAAGACCCGGACUGUAGUGCUAGCUGGUUCCUUUAACCCUCCUCAUUAUGGGCACCUGGCCAUGUUGGAAUAUCUUUCCAAGAGGUACAAGCAAGUGAUUGUUGUAAUCGGGAUAAAUCCCAACAAGACCUACGCAGUCACACCUGCUCAGAGAGUGGAACUACUGCGCAAAAUGCUACAGGUGAAGAAGAUCGAUAAGAAUAUUCGCGUAGAAGUCUAUGCUGGCUAUAUCUGGAGAUAUGCGAGGCAGCAAGGGGCAACAAUAUUCUUUCGGGGAAUUCGUAGUUGGGAAAGGGAUGGAAAAGAAGAACGGAGCCUGCAAAUACUAAACACUUGGGGCCCACUCGUUUGUGGACCGUUUGUUUGGCCAUUGCCGACGAUUUUCCUUGAAGGAAAGCCAGAAUACAACCAUAUAUCUUCCACUUUAAUUCGAGAUCUUACAAAGGAUAUCGCAGGAAAAGAGUCCGAGCACGUGGAACAGUCCUUACAGGAUCUGGUUCCACCCGAAGUGGCCAAGGAAUUGUCGGAACUGUACUCCAAAGAAGCAAAGAAGGCAAGCUAACUGCAUCGGAGGCUGUGUACACCAACUGGAGACUGGUUCAUUUGACCAGUAUGUAACGUUCUUCGUCCCUAAUGCAAGGUUCUGACUCCAAAAGUCCAUUGUGCCAAAUUUGUAAAAGAGAAACUAACACAAGUCGUAAAAAUUCCAGUACAAGAUGUAUUCCCUAUAGUUACAAGUUAUAGACU